GACGGGAGCAAGCCGACGGAGCCGCCGCCAUCGGCCGCCUUUUCACCCCCGCGCCGCUCUCCUCCUCCUCCCUUCCAUCCCUUGGCUGAUUCCGUCCCGUAGCUUGCUUUCCACUCUUGCUCUCCUUCGCUAGCGAACUACCUCCCCUUCUUUGAUGGAGGGAAACGGUAGCAGAAAGGAGGGAGUUUGGAGAGCUGAGGAUGAAAUUGCUGGUAAUAGCAGGGCCAUUCAAGCCCUUCGAGAGCUUAUAAUUUAUCCUUUUAUCUAUGCCGAGGAAGCGCGCGAUCUUGGGCUCAAGUGGCCAAGAGGGUUGCUUCUUUAUGGUCCGCCAGGCACAGGAAAGACUAGUCUGGUGAAAGCUAUUGUUCACGAAUGUGAUGGACAUUUGACAAUGAUCAGUCCAUAUUCUGUUCAUAAAUCAUAUGCUGGAGAAAGUGAAAAGUUCUUAAGAGAAUCAUUUACUAAAGCUUAUUCAUAUGCGUCAUCAGGGAAGCCAUCUGUCAUUUUCAUUGAUGAAAUUGAUGCCAUUUGUCCCCAUCGCAGUUCUAGGAGAGAGCAAGAAACUCGAAUAGUAGGUCAGCUUCUUACUUUGAUGGAUGGAAAUAAGUCUCGAUCCAAAUCUCUCCCUCACAUAGUUGUUGUAGCAUCCACUAACCGAGUGGAUGGAAUCGAUCCAGCAUUGCGCAGGCCUGGGCGCUUUGAUUCGGAGAUUGAAGUUACACUUCCGACAAUGGAAGAACGCCUUCAGAUUCUUGAGCUCUACUCCAAGAAUUUUCAACUGGAUGACAAUGUUGAUCUGCAAGCAAUUGCCACCUCCUGUAAUGGCUACGUUGGUGCUGAUUUAGAGGCCCUUGUCCGAGAGGCUUCUAGGUUUGCACAUCGCAGAUUGUCAGGAACAAUUCCUGGUGGAGAUGGAGCUACAAUUGUCAUAAAGAUGGAAGAUUGGGAGUCUGCUAGAUCUGAGGUUUGUCCAAGUGUAACAAAAGGUAUCACUGAGGAGGUCACAAAAGUGUCAUGGGAUGAUAUUGGAGGAUUAAAAGAUUUGAAGAAAAAACAUAAACAGGCAGUUGAAUGGCCUAUUAAGCAUGCUGAUGCAUUUGCAAGACUAGGAAUAUCACCAGUUCGAGGAGUUCUGUUACAUGGGCCACCGGGGUGCUCAAAGACCACCCUUGCUAAGGCUGCCGCUACUGCUUCCCAAGCCUCAUUCUUUUCCUUGAGCGGUGCAGAGCUGUAUUCUAAGUAUGUCGGAGAAGGGGAAGCAUUGUUGCGGAGAAUAUUUCAGAAGGCGCGUCUUGCUGCGCCUAGCAUCAUUUUCUUUGAUGAGGUCGAUUCAAUUGCUCCAAAACGCGGCCAUGGUGAAAACUCAGGCAGUAACGUCAACGUUGGAGAAAGACUACUGACUACCUUACUGACUGAAAUGGAUGGUUUAGAGGAAGCUACGGGAAUUGUCGUCUUAGCUGCAACAAAUCGACCCGAUGCGAUAGAUGCUGCUCUUUUGCGUCCUGGUCGUUUUGAUUCAGUGCUGUAUGUACCGCCACCUGAUGCUGAAGGCCGGCAUGAAAUAUUACGCAUCCACACAAAGCAGAUGAAGCUAGGGGAAGAUGUCGAUCUCCAAAAGAUUGCAGAAUGUACUGAUCUUUUCACUGGGGCAGAUCUUGAAGGACUGUGUAGAGAGGCAGGCAUCGCGGCACUCAGAGAAGAUAAAUCUACCGAAUUUGUCAGUGACCGGCAUUUCCAAAUCGCAAGAGAUGCUCUCAGGCCUUCCCUGACUCAAUCAAAGGUCGAUGAAUAUGCCAGGGCAAAGUUCCAUAGAUGAAACUUUUAUUUGUUUAUCCGACAGCAUAUAGUUAAGUCGCCCAACUCUCAAUUCAGUUGAGUCGGCAAGAUCAGCAGCGGCCGCAGCCUGCUCCAAAGUCCUUACUAUUGGACUAAGAUGGAGAGGGAAAAAAACAAGAAUUGAUAAACUAGAUGCAAUCAGAAUGAUGAAUAAUUUACAAGUCCAAAUCCAAGAGAAUAAUUGAUGAAUUAUGAUCUUGUUUCUUCUUCUCCAUGACCUUCCUCCAACAGUUUUGAUCCAUUGACAUGGCAUUGUCAUCCAAGCUGCAGAAGGGGGAAAAAAAAAAGAACAAGGAUCAGUUGGACGCAUGGAAUAUUAGGAUAAUUACUAAAUCUAAAUCGAUCGCGUAAUUUCAAAAAUAAUGUCUAUUGUGAACUUUGUAACUUUUAGAAUGCAAUCAAGUGUUUUGAGAAACAA